CAGACUUCAUUAUCUGAUCGAGAAAUUUCAUAACUAAUUUAAGCAGAAGAGAAAACCCGCAAUAUAACUACAGCUACCAGAGGUUGACUUUUGCGGCGGCGCUACUGGCGGCGGCGGAGGGUCAGACACGAUGAGCACGGCGGGGAAGCCGAUCAACAUACCGGAAGCAACUCGAAAACUUGACGUUGACAAUCGAGUGUCUCUCCGGUAUUAUUAUCGGAUCGCCGAUAACCUUCUCCAAGAGGCAAAUAUACAUCGGGACAUGAAGAAUGUGGUAGAUCUUUAUAUUGUGCUUCUUAAAUUUUCAAGUCUUCUAUCUGAAACUAUACCCUGCCAUAAAGAUUUUACACGCUCAAAUAAACCAGAAAAAGAUUACUACAAGAAGAAAUUAUUGCUAGCAUUAAAGGAGCUAGAGACUUUGAGAGCGGAAGUGGAACCAAAAAUUUCUCGACUGAACAAAGCAUAUGCUUCGAAUGAACCUGUUCCAGCAGGCCACAAAGAUGAUCAGCAGGCAAUGCAGGGAAGAUUAUCAGCGGUUACGGUGAAUGUUCCCCAGACUAGCAAUGGUGCGCCCAGGCAACAAACAUGCUCCAGUAACAUGAAGGGGGAAAGAUGGGUGGGUUCUGGUUUGGUAAUUGAUUCGUUUUCGCCAAAAACAGAAAAGGUUUCGAGUAGAGAAGAUGGAGGGGGGAGUAGUAGUUCUUCGUCGUCAUCAUCUUCAUCAUCAUCAUCAUCGUGUGUGGUGUGCUUUGAGGGUGGAAUAGAGGGAGCUUGUGUGCCGUGUGGGCAUAUGGCUGGAUGCAUGGCAUGUUUGAUUGAGAUCAAAGCCAAGAACUGGGGUUGCCCUGUCUGUCGCACUCCUAUCCAGCAGGUUUUGCGUUUGUAUGCUGUUUGAUCUCCAAUUAUCUCAACAAUAUUAUUUCAUUCCCAGGUUAUUACAUGGUAAGGUAAACUAUUGACAUAAAGUUUAAUUUUAGUAUACCGAAAGUUCAUUUUU